AUGGGCUGCGGCUCGUCGGUCCAGCGAGAUCCAGAUCCGGUAAUUCCGGUGGCGAAAUCGUCGCCAGAGGAUGUACCGAUCGCGAAUGUGGACGACAACGCUCGGGGCCGAGCCCGAACCCAAACUGGCUGCAUUGGGAAAUCUGAGCCGUAUUUGCCCAAGGCCUACCUUUUGAUGAAAGGGGUCGAAGGCCUCGAGAAUAUCCUUGCAGAGGAGGAGAUCAGCAAAGAGCCGUUGGGCGAAUGCCGCUUCAGAAUAUUCCAUUUCAAUGAUGUCUAUACUUUAGAGAAUUUUCCCGUGCUUCGUAGCUGCAUCGAUGCGCUCAGCGAGGGCUUUGAUGAAAGCAACAUUCUCGUGACGCUGGGCGGCGAUUUCCUUGCCCCUUCUUUACUCUCCUCCGUUGAUCAUGGACGAGGAAUGGUAGCAGUCAUGAACUCAAUCCCGGUGCACGCAGUAUGUUUCGGGAAUCAUGAGUGCGACAUUCCUUUCCUGAGCAUGUGCCAAAGAGUACAAGACUUCAAAGGAGUCUGGCUCAAUUCCAAUAUCCCGACCUUCUCUGAGGAACCGGGCUUGAAGUCUCUUGUAGAUCAUCACGUUAUCAAGCUGGCUGGGGGUAGGUCGGUCGCCUUGAUUGGAUUGUUGUGUGGCGGUGGCAAAGAUGCCAGUCUCUACAGAAAGGGCGCUUUUAAUGGCCAUGCAGCCAAAAUUGUACCAGUUCUAGAUGCCGUGGAUGAUGCUGUGGCGCGUGUGCGCAAAGCUCAUCCACAUGUAGACUGCAUCAUUCCUUUGACUCACCAGGAGAUGCGUGAUGACAUAGAAAUGUCGAAUCGACAGAAAUUUCCUGUAAUUCUGGGGGGACACGACCACCACGUCCUCAACGAGGUGCACAACGACACCCACAUCGUCAAGGCAGGAGCUGACGCUUUCAAUGUCGCAGUCGUUGACGUGACGUGGGCAGACGGAUUGCCGGCAAGAUCAGCUCCGAGCAACGUUAGCGUUCAAAUCGUUCCGCUGGCCACGCCGCCGAAGCACAAAGGGCCUCCGCUAGAUUUGGUGUACAAGCCAGACCCCAAGGUGCUAGAGGAGGUACAGAUACGCCAGAGACCUGCAGAAGAGCUCAAAGAGGCGACUCUGGCUGUCUUUCCAGCGGAUGGUUCCCUCACUUCGGCGGGUGUCCGCCUGGGUGAACGUAGCAUGGCCACGCUGAUCUGCACCGCUUUGCGGGAUGUAGCUGGAGGAGACGGGGCGCUGAUCAAUGCUGGUAGCAUCCGCGGGAACAAGACGUAUUCAGACGGCAAAGUGCGAUUUGCUGACCUGAAUGCUGAGUGUCCAUACCCAUCGUCACAGAUUGUGGUGAACCUGGGCCAUGACGCUGAACCCGGCACAUCAAGAGAUGCUCUCCACUGCGAUGACGGGAUGAAGGUGGACCCAAACACUUCCAUGGUGUUUGAGGUUGCCGGGCAACCCUUUGACCCAGACCGCGUUUAUCGCAUCGUCAUAGACUCCUUCAUUAUGCGGACAAAUGUCGUCUUCAAACGAUAUGCAGAGGCACAUCCGGACGCCAUUCCUUCAGAUGAGUCCGGGCAGCCAGCUUUGCCGCUUUUGGUUCAGUAUUUCUGCAACAGGAUCUGGGCGACGCUUUGUGACGUGAACGGAGAUGGUGUAGUGGAGGCGCAUGAGAUCGAUGAGUUCUUCGAUGAGGCUGACUCAGAUGGGAAUGGUGAGAUUGAUUUGGAUGAGCUCAUGGUAGCCAUGUCUUUCCGACUUGGAGAUCUCGACGUGAGCAGAAUACUUGCUCAGCAGUGCAUAGGCUUUGCAGAUGCCGAUAAAAACGGCACCAUUAGCAAGGCAGAACUCCGAGCAUUCAUAGAAGCAGAAGUUAUCAAGAAGUAA